AUGGAACAGAAUACUGCAGUGACCGCCAAAAGAGUAUGGAGCAUUGUAAAAGCAGUUCUCUUCAUGAUGAGGAAAGGAAUUUUGUCCAAGAGAAAACUCAUGGUUGAUCUCAACAUGAAGCUUAAACGUGGCAAGAUCGCCGGCGCCAAAGCCAUCGGCAACCUCAUGUUCCACAACCACCACAACAACAACAACCGCCAGGUUUCAACAUCCUUCACGGCGGAGGCGCCAGCUGCAGCCGAUGAGUACGAGUUCAGCUGCAGCAACACCCCGAACUACAUUUUCCCUUUUAACCUCGCCGCCAAGAAGAAGAGCAACAACUACUACCAGCAUUUCUUCGCCUGCAGCCACGCGCCUCCCACCCUCGACGACGACAACGUGGCCACCAUGAACGCCGUAAAAGUUGCCUUGGAGAUGCUCAACAACAACAACAACAACAACAACGUGGUCGCAGCUUCUCCCAUGUUACCAGGGUUCGGACAAACUCCUUUGGCGAGGCAACUCAGAAUAACGGACUCGCCUUUUCCUUUGAGGGAUGUGGAUGAAGACAACGACUACGUGGACAAGGCUGCCGAGGAUUUCAUCAACAGAUUUUACAAGGAUUUGAAGCUGCAAAAUAAUAGAAUGGCUGAGUUAUAA